AUGUCUGGUAAUAGAGAGCAAGUCUUCCCUACGCGUAUGACGCUGGGUUUGAUGAAGACCAAGUUGAAAGGUGCCAACCAAGGUUAUUCUUUAUUAAAGCGUAAGUCUGAGGCCCUAACAAAGAGAUUCAGAGAUAUUACCAAAAGAAUUGAUGAUGCUAAGCAAAAGAUGGGGAGGGUUAUGCAAACUGCUGCCUUUUCCUUGGCCGAAGUUUCAUAUGCAACAGGUGAAAACAUUGGCUACCAAGUGCAAGAAAGUGUCUCUACUGCAAGAUUUAAGGUGAGAGCACGUCAAGAAAACGUCAGUGGUGUUUACUUGUCUCAGUUUGAAUCUUACAUUGACCCUGAAAUCAACGAUUUCAGAUUAACUGGUUUAGGUAGAGGUGGUCAACAGGUUCAACGAGCCAAGGAAAUCUAUUCAAGAGCCGUUGAAACUUUAGUUGAAUUAGCCUCUUUACAGACUGCAUUUAUCAUUUUAGAUGAAGUGAUUAAAGUGACGAACAGAAGAGUUAAUGCUAUCGAACAUGUUAUUAUCCCAAGAACUGAAAACACGAUUGCUUACAUUAACAGUGAAUUGGAUGAAUUGGACAGAGAAGAAUUUUAUAGAUUGAAAAAGGUCCAGGAAAAGAAGCAAAAUGAGACUGCAAAAUUAGAUGCUGAGAUGAAAUUGAAGAGAGAUAAAGCAGAACAGGACGCUUCAGAGGUAGCUGGUACUGAUGAGGAGCCUCAAGGUGAAACAUUGGUUGCUGAUCAAGAAGACGAUGUUAUAUUUUAA